AUGCUCUGUACUCUUUCUCGCACUGGCAUAUCCUCGAAACAUACAUACCGGUCGUUCUCUGCGACAGUGCGCACUCUGGAACCCAAGAGCUUGUUCACUAAACAUCCGGACGAUGUCGUCCUUACACUUGCUCUUAGGACACCAAUGUGUAAAGCCAAAAAAGGUGGAUUAAAAGAUACUCCAUCUGAUGUGCUUUUGGUGGGUAUGCUCAAAGCUGCACGUGAGCGUAGCGGAAUUGAUCCUGCACUAGUCGAGGACAUUGUCGUUGGAACAUGUCAUGCCCCGAGUCCAGCCUACGAAGCUCGUGCUUCCGCCAUCGCAGCCGGUUUUCCCAAACAUGUCCCAGUUCAAGCCAUCAACCGACUCUGUUCUUCCGGACUCAUGGCCCUGCGCAGUAUCUCCGACUCGAUUACCAAAGGCGAUAUCGAUGUUGGACUGGCUGUCGGGGUAGAGAGUAUGACACACAAUCCCCGCCCAACACCUAAAUUCAAUAGCGAGGAGAUAAAAGCGAAUCAGGCAGCAACGGAUUGUGCCGAGCCGAUGGGAUGGACCUCUGAAAUGGUUGCUGCCGACUUUAACAUUACUAGGGAAAAAAUGGACGAGCUCGCACUGUUAUCCCAUAAUCGCGCAUCAGAGGCGCAAAAGUCCGGUCGAUUCGACGAAGAAAUCGUCCCUUUUAAAACUAUAUUAAAGGGCGAAGAUGGGUCCGUUAAAGAAGUAGUGAUUGAUAAGGACGAUGGUAUACGACACGGAUCUACCAUCGAGGGUUUGGCCAAGGCUCGUAGUGCAUUCCCAGACUGGGGUCAAGCCCGCUCCACCGGAGCAAACUCUAGUCAAGUCACCGAUGGUGCUGCGGUCGCUCUCUUGAUGCGUCGGAGUACCGCCGAGAAAUUAGGCUUGGCGGAUAAAAUUAUUGCAAAGCACGUUGCUACUAGUGUAGUUGGGGUUGAGCCCAGACAUAUGGGAGUUGGGCCUGCAUACGCCAUUCCGAAAGUUCUGGAGCGGACAGGACUCAAAACUAGUGACGUCGACCUCUUCGAAAUAAACGAAGCCUUUGCUUCUAUGUACGUUUAUUGUGUAGACAAGCUCGGUCUAGAUAUUGAAAAGGUCAACGUAAACGGCGGAGCCAUCGCGCUCGGACAUCCACUCGGUGCAACCGGGAUCCGCCAGGUAGCAACAGGUCUUGCGGAACUCCGCCGGAGAAACGGAAAGAUCCUGUGUACCUCGAUGUGCAUCGGUUCUGGGAUGGGGGCUGCUGCUAUUUUUGUAAAUGAAACAGCCCAAAAGGUUGCCGCGAAGCUUUAA